AUGGUAAAUCAAGAAGAAGUAGAAUUAAUGUAUGAUCAAAUAUUUGGUGAUUUUGAUGAAGAAGAUGGAUUGGACAAAGUAUUAUCAAAAUUAAAUAAUCUAAGAGGUAAAAUGUUACCAGAUAAUGAAAGAAGAAAGUUAGCAGCAAGCGUUGCAUAUUCAUUUAGCAAACAUAUGGGCGAUUAA